UACAGGUCUCCAAUGGCAAAUGUAGUAAGCACCACUGGUACCCCAUCACUUGAAAAAAGAAGAUGGUCUACAAUUUCCAUUUGUCUCAACAAAAUUCUGGCACCUAACUUGAAAAAUGCUAUUGCUGCAGAAUUCCAGGACUGGUAUAAUCUCUUAACUAAACCACCUACUGAAAUUGACAAGCAAGUUUUCGAAAAGCAUCUGGAGACACUACCACCAUCCAAGUUUCCUUUAAAAUAUGAAAACAUUAACGAUAAUAAUGUGCACAAAUCCCCCAGCACACAUGACUAUGCGGUGAAGGAUCCUCUGUCUUUGGCAAAGGUUUUUCUGCAACCAUACAUGGCAAAGUUUACAGGUUUUGACGAAACAAUGGAUUUUUAUGCUGUACUGACUAUCAUGUUGGAAGCAGAGCCAUUUGUAACGUGUGGUACUGCAAUUCAUGCAAAAAAUAUAAGGGAAGCCGUGUGGUCCAAUAUGUGGUCUGUUGAUGACUUCUCUAUGUGGACCGAUGCCAAGUUCAAUGAGACAAUUAAAGAAAUGCAAUCCUUGGUGGAAAGCACUAAUUUAUCUGAUACUGUUAAAAAAGAAGUGUGUGAUGAGUUACAGCACUGCAAAUGUAAAGGUAUCAGUUUAAAUUAUUAUAAACAAUAGCUUAAUGAACUUGACAUUUCUGUGCCUCUAGGAUUUUACAUUUUGUGUACAGUAUAAGUCAAAGCUGAAAACUAGUUAAAAAUACUGUCAUAUAACAAAGCGAUUUCGCUUUUAAUGCAUACAUAAUUAUUUAUUCGGUUUCCGUUUUUUUGGGACACCCUGUAUAUACAGGGUGUAUCAAAAUAAACACAAUUCAUCUUUUCAGUGUGCUUUAUAACUUUCGAAAUACUAUUUCUAGUUAAACGCUUUUAGGCUUACUUCAAAGCCUGUUCUUUUCUCUUUCAAACAAACUAUUAUCCUUGUCUCCAAUGCUAGUAAUAAUUGCACAGGAAAAGAUUUAGUAAAACCUAUCAUUUUUAGUUGCUGCUUAAUUAUGCAAGUUUACUAUGUUAUUGUUUAGUCGGUUUAAAUGUUAGAAUUUUCUUCUUUAAACUUAAUGUUGUCGUCACUACAUCUGGAAAACCACGUAAGAACAAAUUAAAAGUAUUUUAAAAGAGACCAGGUUGUUUGAAAAUCCUAAACGAAUGCUAAAAAUCGUCAAAACAUUCUGGUGUCUGAGCCAGAGUGUCAUCGAAUUGCGAUGUAAUGUAAACAGAAAUUAUAGCAAGUUGAUGUCAGUCAGCUUAGAUGGUCCAAGCCAAAAUUAUAUCGCAUUUGAAGUUUCAAACUGAGUUAAAAUAGUGGAAGAAAAGCCGUAAUUAUACUUAUUGUUACAAUCCAUUUAAUAAAAUGCAACAUUUUUUGUUUUAAUGAAAAAAUCAGUUAUUUUCAUGAGAACGAUUUGUUAUUCCAUCUCAAUUUUUUUAAUCUCCAAUCGCAAUAACGUAAAGUAUUAUUACCCGCGAACCAAUGAGUCACAUUUAAGAAACAACCCACUGUUAGAAAGCUGAAUGGCUACGCUUUAAAAUGAAUGUAAACUUUAAUGUUUUUGUUUAUUAUUUGCUUAGCAAUUUACAUUUCAGUCGAGGAUUGCGCUUUUUUUUAUACACCCUGGUUUAUUCAAAGGUUUGGUGGCAAAUAACAACUUUAGCAUUUUAAAAACCUCUGCUCAUGUAUUGUUGUUAUCUUACUUCUUCUAAUACUUCGUUUUGUAUUCAAUUGCAGAUGUUUUUGCAUGUUCUAACAAUCUAAAGUAGUUAUGUUACCUGCAGAAAUUCUGUUACGAAAACCGCAAAUCCUUUCUCUCACUCGAAAAAACGUAGGAUGUUUUCGUAUGACAGCAUUUUGGAAUGCGAUUGUACAAUCUUAUUAAAGAUCACGAAAUCGACAUCGUGGGAUGGCCAAGCCUGUUUGGUCCGCAAGAUGUUAUAUGGAAAUGGUAACAAUAGUUUCGUAUCUUAAAAAUGAAAUAAACAGGAAUAUAUGUGAUCGCGUUCUUGAAGGUCUUGACGCGACAAAACGCACUUUUUGGGGGCGAGAAAAGGAACCGCGGAAAAGGAACCGUUAAAUCGUGUUUUUGAAAGAGUUUAAAACACUUCCAAAACAUUAUUUAUGAUUUAUUAUGGUUGGGCUUGCAACCAUAAUAAAUCGUAAAUAAUUACAUUAUUCUCAAUAAUAAUUUCAGUGAAUACAUAAUUAAUUUGUGCGGGUUCCGUUUUUUUUGUGUUUUUUUUGGGACACCCUGUAUAGUAAAUUUUGUGUAUUUUUUCAAGAUUUUUUUGUGUAUUGUCACCGUUCCCAUCUGACUAGCAUUGAGAUAUUAAAGGCUUAUUGACCGAGCGUCCGGUCUGUACUGUUAAAUAUCAGACCGAGGUUUUUAGUAUGGAACGAGCGACGAAGGAGGGAGGUGCAUGGAAAAAACAGAGGUCUGAUAUUUCACAGUACAGACCGAACAAGCGAGGUCAAUAAUCGCUUUAUUAUAUGGCUGAACAGAGUCUGUGAGCAUAUGCUUUUCGCGCGAAUUAAAUCGUCUAUCGUCAGUUUCCCUGGGCAACAAUAUACGAUAGGCAUGAAUGGUAAAUCAAAAACAAUUUGGUUGUUUGAAAUUUUUAUCUGUAAAUUUUAAAUUGGAAAAUUAAAAAGCAAAAAUCUUUUCUGUUUGCAAAGCAAAAAUUUCCCGCCAGAUAAACGAUAUCCAGGACACCUGUCCAGAUACGGAAAAUACGGCACACGGUCCGGAUAUGAGUUUUUACGGACCGCUUGUCAACCAAUAGAGAAUUUUGAAAAGCCAUAUAAAAAUAAAAUUUAUCGUUUUUGUAGCGAGGAACGAAUCAUGGAAAUGGAAAAAGGUUUCUAAAGCAUAUGAAGAAAAGUUCGAAAAGUUGAUCGAACAUGGACGGAAGUAUACUGACGAAAUCAUGGAAAUAAACGGUGUACGUGUUUGUUUGAAGGAAGAGUUUCUUAUUGGAAAAGGAGGUCAAAGUAUUGGGGUUUAUUUAGGAUUAGGAAGAGAUGGUAGUGAGAAGGCUAUAAAACUUUUUUUCAAAGCUACUCACGGUGAUUUAGCUAAAGAGGAAAAGGAGUUGUUAACAAUAUGCAAAACUGAAGAGUUAGCCCAUGUUGUGACGUAUUGGUACUUCGACGACACAAGCCACGACAUGUUCGCAUUUUUAAUCAUGGAAUUAUGUGAGGAAACUUUGGAAAAAUUUGUCGCUCGUAAUACUCUAGACGAUCUGAUAAAAGUUGCACAUGACAUUGUUCAGCAAAUUUUGAAAGGAUUAGCAGAUCUCCAUAAAAAACCACACUGCAUCUUGCAUCGUGAUUUGAAACCAUUGAACAUUCUACGAAAUGUCCAUGAUAAGUGGUUGCUGGCAGAUUUUGGUAUCGGUCGCAUUUUACCCGAUGAUCAAACUACGCACAUUAGCGUGGAGAGGGGAACAAAAAAGUGGAAAGCCACUGAAUCGUGUUCUGAAAGCGGCUCUUCUGAUGAUACCAAAGUACUUUACAAGGCAGAAUCCGAUAUUCAGGUAUUAUUUUGCUGAUACAAAUACAAGUUACUAGGUAUAAUACAAGUACUAGUUAAUCUACGAUUUAAUAUCAUUGUAGUCAAUUUCCUUGACGCUGAUUCGCUAAAAACGUUCAGGAACUGUGCAAAUUAAAGAUGAUUUACACAGGUGUGUAAUUGCACGGUUCCGCGCCCGCGUUAAAUUUAAAAAACUAAAACAACGCUAAAAUUAUUCGUUUUCGCCGUUUUUGUCAACUUUGAACAAUGGAAAUGUACUGAAUGUUUUUUGAAUGUGUACUAAUUAACCAAGAAGAGGCGAAGUCGAGGUGAAUAUUCUCGAUAAUCACUGAGCCUGAGGCGAAUAGUUGUUGUAGUAUAUUGUUUUUAGUAUUUUGCAGGGCUACAUUUCCGCAUUUUACCAAACUUUGCUCUUUUAGUUGUGAUGGUGGAUUUUAUUUUUUUGAGUUAGAAAACAAAUUCAGCCAAAAGCUGGAAUUGUCUGCUGUAUACUUACUAGAUAUAUACUGAUACCAAUCGAUCUAUACCCAUGUCUGGGCCGCCUGUGAAAUAUACGAUCUACUACCUGCCUAAAACAUUUUGAAAUAUUUCUGGAACAGAAUUUUCAGAUCUAAACUUUAUCCUAAACUUUAUUUGGAUUUGCAGUUCAUAUCUCGGAAAUGAUUCGGCAAUGACUGCAAUUUGGUUUCUCUUAGGUAACUGGAAUGGUAGCAUUCUACAUUCUGACAAAAGGUGAACAUCCUUUUGGAGAAGCUGAACAAGUACGUGCAAACUUACUUGCCGCAAAUCCAGUUAAUCUGAACAUGUUGGAUGGCCAUCCUUUCGCCAAGGAUUUGAUAUCGUGGAUGUUGAGCCACAAGCCCGAAGAUAGACCGUCGGCUGAAGAAGCAUUACAACAUCCUUAUCUUAAGUCAAAGGAACAGCAGUUCAAUUUGCUGUGUGGAAUAGGAAAUGAGCCCCACGUCAAGAAAAAUGAUGUGAAUUCAGAUGCUGUGAAAGAGUUGAAUAAAGACACAUCAGAUUGGAUAACUCAAAUGGAUAUCGAUGUUUUAAAUUAUUUAAGUUAUGAUAGGUUGAAAAAGAUACAAUUCAAAUACACCUCGUCAUGGACGGACUGUUUACGGCUAAUUCGUAAUAUCAAAGAACAUUGGAAGGACUGUCCUAGGAUGGAACCCGAGGCAAUAAAAGUGGGUGAUCCUCAAGAAUAUUUCCUUAAUUUGUUUCCCGAUCUUGUUCUCAGAGUGUACAAAAUUGCAAGAUCGUGUGAUGAUUUGAAAGAACUGCCAGGUUUGAAGGAAUAUUUUAAGGCACAAUGACUGUAUGUACAUAUUUGUAUAAAUACUGUAAGAGGUUAAUCUGGACGCUAAAAAAUUUAGCAUGUAGUAUCUAAUAUGUGUGUUAUACCCGACAUAUUACAUGUAGAGUACACUACACGAAGAAUUUCAUACACACAAACAAGUGAAUGACUUUUGAUAUGUUUUUAUAAGGCAUACUCAAAAUCAAAGCUCUUCCCCAUUUUUACCAGUUGCACUCAUUACAAUACUAAAUCCAUUAGAUCAAUAUAAUAAACGAAAUGUUUCCAGUUCGACUAAAAAUUUCUAACGAAAUUUUCUUGAACAGUAAUGCUGGAUUAUACAAACUAGGAACUACUGAAUAACACGUACAAGCUAGAUCAACGUUCUCUUAAAAUCAAGGUUUGUUACACUAUAUGGUGUGUAUCAGUUUUUCGUAGUAGUUCGGUUGCAACCGUUAUCCCCAACAUAGCAGUUUUCC